AUGGUGCUAUAUGGGACUUCUGACGCCUUGAUGUGCAGGGCGUUCCCAACGACCUUGAGGGGACCGGCCUGCACAUGGUACAGCGGCCUGAAGACCGGGACCAUCUCUUCCUUCGAUCAGCUCACCCGAGACUUCGAGCUCAACUUCCUCGCCUACGCUAGUCCGAAGUCGUCUGUGGUGUUGCUCCUCGGACUCAACCAAAGGGAGGACGAGCCCCUCUCCCACUUCGUGAACCAUUUUACAACGCAGAUCCGAGGGCUCUCGGACGCUCACUCUUCUCUAUUGAUGCAGGCAUUCAUGAUAGGCCUGCGGCCCUCCAAGUUCUUCUGGUCUCUUGUGGAGCGACCUCCCACGACGGUACCCGAGAUGCUCUAA